AAACCCUUAGAGUGAGGGUCUUCCGACCCCUGUCCGUACGAGCGACUGUCUCCCUACCCCUUCCCCUACUCCUGCGUGUGUGGAACAGAGUGCAGACACAGAUUGUGGGAGGAAUAAAAUCAUCAGGAAGAUGCUUUCGCUUCUCGUUCUCCCCAUCCUGGCGACCAUUGCCAUCAAGGUCUUCAAGAAGACCUCGCCCAACGGGAAAAUAACGGUGUAUUUGGGGAAGAGGGACUACGUGGACCACUUGAACAACGUGGAUCCCAUCGAUGGAGUCGUCGUCGUCGACUCGGAGUACCUCCACGGCAGGAAACUCUUCGGACAGGCUCCCGAUGAGACCAUGGGUUUGAAGUUCACCAAGGAAAUGGUCCUAGCCCGCGCCCUGAUCCAGCCGGAUAGCCAGCCGAGCAACCAAAUCUCCGAACUUCAGCAAAGAUUGAUGAGGAAGCUGGGGCCGGGGGCGAGGACCUUUCGUUUCCAGUUGCCUGUAACGGCGCCGACGUCGGUGACACUGCAACCCAACCUAGGUGAAGAAGGGAAACCCCUCGGUGUGGAAUACGCGCUGACGACCUGGGUCGCCGAGAACCAGGAUGAAAAUCCCCAUCGUCGCAGCUCCGUCUCCAUGGCCAUCCGAAAGGUGCAAUAUGCGCCGGUGAGUCGGGGGAUCCGUCAACCAAGCGCCGUCGUGAGCAAGGGAUUCGCAAUGAGUAGCGGUCGAUUGAACCUUGAAGUCAACUUGGACAAGGAUAUCUUCUAUCACGGGGAAAAGGUUUCCGCCAACGUCUGCGUCAGCAACAAUUCUCGCAAGACCGUGAAGAGCUUCAAGGUGAGCAUCGUGCAGCAGUGCGAGAUCUCGGUGGUGAAUGCCCAGUUCAGUCGAGAGGUUGCGAGUCUUCAGACGAAGGAAGGAUGCCCCAUCAUGCCCGGUACAAGUCUUCACAAGCAGUUCUUCCUCACUCCACUCGCCGGGAAUACGAAGAACAAGGAAGGCGUGGCAUUGGACGGACGCCUCCGGGAUGAAGAUGCCAACUUGGCUUCGUCAACGCUGGUGGCCGAUGGUGAAAGUACGGGAUCAGCCUUCGGGAUCAUUGUCACCUACGUUCUCCGGGUGAAACUCAACUGCGGUCAUCUGGGCGGGGAGCUCCUCGCUGAUCUCCCUUUCAAGCUCCUUCACCCGGCACCAGGGUCGGAGGCGGAGGUACGGAUCAGAGCAGAGAAGAAGGCGAGGGAAAUUGAGGCGCAUCACAAGCGACAGUCCACGUUGAACGACACUGACGAUGACGAUCCAAACAUUGUCUUUGAGGAUUUCAAACGCAUGAGAAGUAUCGACAUGGUGGACUCCUGAAUCAACCUCAUUUCCACUAGUCUCUCCCCUAUUCACCCAUUACACUUCAUGAGGCAUUCAAGGCUCUCACUGGAAGAUAUAUGAUUAUUGUAGUUAGUGCCAAGAUCAACCCUCCCUCCUCUACCCCCAGCCGAAGCAAGGGAAGGAUGUGAAUACAUACGGGAACGUUUCACUCUGGUUGUAUUGAAGAAAAUAAAUGCAAUACCCAAAUAUCAAAACAA